AUGACCGUUGCUGGAGGCCAUGGACAUGGCAAUGCUACCAAUCAACUCGACAAUCCUCUUGGUCUCUUCAUUGAUGAUAAUCAAACGAUGAUCAUCGCUGACAUGUGGCAUGGUCGUAUCGUCCAAUGGAAGACAGGUGACACGAAUGGACAAGUAGUAGCUGGUGGCAAUGGUGAAGGAUAUCGACUGGAUCAAUUGAAUGAUACAACCGAUGUGUUGCUCGACAAAGCGAUGGAUAGUCUCAUUGUUUGCGAUAAAGGGAAUCGACGAGUCGUACGAUGGUCUCGUCGUAGUGGUACAACUCAAGGAGAAAUCUUCCUCGACAAGAUCGAUUGUUAUGGAUUGACCAUGGAUGAUCAGAGAUAUCUCUACAUCUCUGACGAUGUAAAAUAUGAAGUAAGACGAUAUCAAACAGCAGACAAGAAUGGAACUAUUGUGGCUGGUGGCAAUGGUAGAGGUACUGAUCUCAAUCAACUAAACAAGCCAAGAUACAUCUUUGUCAAUCAACAACAGACUGUCUACGUGUCAGACCGUGGCAAUAAUCGUGUGAUGAAAUGGAAUAAAGGUGCAAAAGAAGGGAUUGUCGUCGCUGGAGGUCAAGGGGAAGGGAAUGCACUGGCACAAUUGUGGAAUCCUGAGGGACUAUUCGUCGAUACGUUGGAUACCCUCUAUGUGGUAGACUCGUACAAUCAUCGAGUGAUGCGUUGGCCUACAGGAGCGAAACAAGGCACUGUCAUUGUUGGUGGAAAUGGUCAUGGAGGAGGAGCAAAUCAGUUGGAGUAUCCCACAGGUUUGACCUUCGAUCAACAUGGCAAUCUCUAUGUCGCCGAUAUGUUCAACCAUCGUGUUCAACGUUUUUCUAUUGAAUAA